AUGUUCGACAGACCAGGUCACACGACACAUGAUCGAGAUGACUUUCCACCCUUCAUACCGCAUGAGGAUGUCGAGGAGCUAAAAGACUUGGAUGGCUCACAGGAGGAAAUCUUAUUUCAGGAUGGAAAACCGGUCACCCAUUCUCUGGGUGCAAACAAGGCAACGCGAUGGGCCCUGGGCUGUCUUCUGGUCUUCGUCCCGAGCUUCCUACGAAGCCGAUUUAUCGUAGGCCUACUCCAGGUUUUUGUCCCCAGUUUCCUGCGAUCAGGUCCCAGUGAGCCCAAGAAACUCCAUCCGACAGCAUGGCUAGAUGGCAUGCGCGGUAUAUCAGCCCUCUGCGUUGUGAUAUAUCAUUCAAGUCUCCUCUGGUUCAACUGGGACCUUCACUCAGGAUACGUGCCUGGCUCGAUGCAAAUUCUCAAGCUACCGAUCAUACGACUCUUUAUAUCCGGCCCCCCUCACGUCGCCAUAUUCUUCGUCGUCUCAGGCUAUGCCAUCUCAUACAAGGCUUUGAAGCUCGCCCACCAAGGGCGCUUCGCUGAAGUUGGCUCGACGCUUGCCUCGUCUUUUUUUCGUCGCCAUCCCAGAUUGUUUAUGCCGGCAGUAUUCGUCACCUUCGCUUCAGCUCUGAUGACGCAGAUGGGCUGGUAUGAUCUCCAAGGACUACCUGGAGUAGCCAUCCCAACAAGAGAGCCACCACACGCUGGAAGCUUUCGGGAGCAGAUGGUUCAUUUUGUCUGGACGGAGAUCUUAAACACCGACCCGAUUGGUCAAGAGCAUCCAAGGAGCGGUGUGCCGCGGGCUGUCGAAAACCCCUACGAUGCCAACCAGUGGACGCUGCCAAUAGAGUUCAAUACCUCGAUGGUCGUCUUCAUGUUUCUGGCCGCAUUCAGCAGGGUGAAGAAUCGAGUUAGGAUGACAUUUGCGUUCGUACUAACUGUCUACUUCGAGUACUUCUGGAGCUACUGGGCGUUAUUUCUGUUCCUUGCUGGAAUGCUCAUCUGCGACGUACACUUCGAGAUCGAUAACAUGCGGGCCCAGUCAGCGAAGACCAUGAUGUCGGAAGAAGUCGCUGUGUUGCCAAUUUGGGCUCGGGUGCCGCAAGGCAUCUUCUCAAGGAUAUUCAACAAGAUUGCAAGCUCUCGCAUUCUCGGGCGCAUCACCAGCAUCUCGCUUUUCAUCCUCGGGCUCUAUUGGCUCAGUGCACCCGAACUAAAUUACAUCACUCAUAUGGGUGCAGUGACCUUGGUGUUCGCCGUCGACCACGCGAUUUAUCUGCAGAUCAUUUUCACCAAUCCUGUCUCACAGUACUUGGGAAAGAUCUCUUACUCGUUAUACUUGAUCCAUGGUCCUCUACUUUGGACGUUGGGAUCGGUCUUAGGAAGGAGGUGUGUGGCUUUCACGGGAGGAGAGACAAACGAGACAUAUGUCCUGGGCAUUGCAAUGGCUGCAUUUUUAUGGUGGCCGGUAGCAAUCUGGAUUUCAGAUCUCACAUAUAGGGGUGUUGAUUCGAAAUGUGUGCAGUUCUCAAGGUGGGCUUAUGAAAAGCUCUUGAGAAAGGAGGUUUAA